AUGAACAACGAGAAUUUUGUAAUUGCACUUAUUGUUAGGAGUGUAAUUAUUUCAUUGCAUUAUAAAUUAUAAAAUAAUAAUUAGUGUCGUUUGAUAUUCCAAGACAUUCAAAACACGUGUAUCAUACUUUACCGUGCUGCUAUCGUUGAGAGAUUGAUUCGUUUUCAAAAUGAAUUCUCCAACAAUCAAUCAUUAUUAUGGAUAUGGUAAUGCCAAUGGACAAUUUUGUAUAAUGUUAUUGAAUAUGUAGACCUGAAAUUAAAAAAUAUUUAUACAGAAAUGUAGGGUACUUACAUCAAAGCACAAUAAUUAA